AUGACUGACAAAGAAGUUACAAUUGAAGAGCUGGACGAUACGGUGAAACAAGCCAAUGAACAGUUAGAUUUAAUGGAGUGGAAGCUGGAUGGAGUUGGGAAAGAGAUAGUGGCCCCUCUUGCACACCAGGAUGUCUGUAUUGUCAAUUUGCUCAAGUCAGUUUCGGAGGUUCGUUCGGACUAUCAACAGCUGCGGCGCGAAUUAAUCGAAGUGCAAGCGCUGCAGAGGGAGCUUUCGACCCGCCUCCGCACCCAACUGCGGCUGGUUCACGGCAAAUUCGCACGACUGCGGCAAAGAAUCGCGGCCGCGUCGCCCCCGCGUUAG